AUGGGUAUUCCCGCCGCUUUCCGAUGGCUUUCAAAUCGAUAUCCCAAGAUCAUCUCCCCAGUGAUAGAGGACCAACCUAUCACUAUGGAUGAUGGGACAACGAUUCCUGUCGAUACAACAAAGCCCAACCCAAACGGCGAGGAGUUCGACAAUCUCUAUCUUGACAUGAACGGCAUCGUCCACCCCUGCUCCCACCCGGAAGAUAGGCCUGCACCAAAAGAUGAGGAGGAAAUGAUGCUUGAGGUUUUCAGAUAUACUGACCGCGUUGUGAACAUGGUUCGACCGCGAAAGAUUUUGAUGAUUGCUGUCGAUGGUGUUGCACCUCGAGCAAAGAUGAACCAGCAACGAUCCCGACGCUUCCGCGCAGCCCAAGAAGCCAAGGAGAAAGAAGCAGACAAACAAGAACUAUUGAAGCUUUUGAAACAGCAGAAUGGCGGCACUCUACCCCACGAAAACGCCGAGACAAUCGCCAAGAAGGCAUUCGACUCCAAUUCAAUCACCCCUGGAACGCCUUUCAUGGACAUCCUUGCUACUAGCUUGCGAUAUUGGUGUCAAUAUAAACUGAAUACAGACCCUGGAUGGGCGAAACUCAAGGUUUUGAUAUCUGAUGCAACGGUCCCAGGAGAAGGCGAGCACAAAAUCAUGUCAUUUGUUCGGUCGCAGAGGGCUUCCCCUGACCAUGACCCGAACACACGCCACGUAAUCUACGGUCUUGAUGCAGAUUUGAUCAUGUUAGGUCUCGCGACCCACGAGCCUCAUUUCAGAGUUUUGCGCGAGGAUGUUUUCUUCCAGCAAAGUAAAACAAGAACCUGCCAAUUGUGCGGGCAGAAAGGCCACGAAGCUCGCAACUGUCGAGGCGAGGCCAAAGAGAAAGAUGGCGAAUUCGACGAGAAGGAUAGCGCAGUUGAGUUGAAGCCUUUCAUCUGGUUACAUGUGGCUGUUCUUCGCGAGUACCUUGCCAUUGAGCUCUCUGUCCCGAGUCUCCCAUUUCGGUUUGAUCUAGAGCGUGCUGUCGACGACUGGAUUUUUAUGUGCUGUUUCGUUGGAAACGACUUCUUGCCACAUCUUCCCGCGUUGGAGAUUCGGGAAGACGGAAUCGACACAUUGACAGCGAUUUGGAGAGAUAAUCUUCCUUCCAUGGGUGGCUACGUGACCAAGGACGGUCAUAUAGACAUGGACAGAGCGCAGUGCAUUCUAGAUGGCCUCGCAAAACAGGAGGAUGCCAUCUUCAAAAGGAGAAGGGAGCAAGAGCAACGCCGAGAAGCCAACGCAAAGCGGAGAAAAUUACAAAACGAAGCGAAUUCAGCAAGGAAUGGAGGCCCUGGGGGCAAAAUGAACCCGAAGAAUCAAGACCAUACUGCGCCACAUCUCCUUCACCCUAUCGGCUCGUUUCCGCAAAAGCCCCCCGGUGCACUCACUCAUGAUAUGAUAGUCAACCGAGCUGUUGUCCAGGAUGCCAAUGCAGCUAAUAAGAGCGCCGCGGAUGUCCUUAAAAAUCGACUGAAAGCGGAGAAGGCUCUCCCUCCCGCUGAGAAAGGAGCUGAUACUCCUGAGAGCCCACCGUCGCUUGGCAAACGGAAAGCUGCCGAGUUUGAGGAGGAUAACGGUAGUACCACCUCCGGGAACCAAACACCUGCCCCAGCAGCAGACGAGGGACCGACUGAUACCGUUCGAAUGUGGGAGGAAGGAUACGCAGACCGAUACUAUGAGCAAAAAUUCCACAAGGACCCUUCUGACAUUGAAUUCCGUCACCAGGUGGGUCGUGCAUAUGCUGAAGGGUUGGCAUGGGUCCUGCUGUACUACUUUCAAGGAUGCCCCUCAUGGGAGUGGUAUUAUCCCUAUCAUUACGCCCCGUUCGCAGCGGACUUCAAGGACCUUGGAAAGAUGGACAUUCGCUUCGAGAAGGGACGAAUUUCCAGGCCGUUUGAGCAACUCAUGAGUGUGCUUCCUGCCGCCUCCCGUCAUGCCAUUCCCGAAGUCUUCCACCCGCUUAUGCUGGAGCCCGAUAGCGAGAUCAUUGAUUUUUAUCCCGAAGAUUUUGUAGUUGACCUUAACGGGAAGAAAUUCGCAUGGCAAGGUGUGGCCCUGCUGCCAUUCAUUGACAUGCCAAGACUACUUGGGGCUGUUCAUAAGAAGUACCCGCUACUCAGCGCCGAUGAUACAAGGCGCAACGACAUCGGCACAGACAACUUGUUGUUUUCGGACAGUCACGAGGGCAUUUACGACGAGGUGUUGACUAAUUUCUACUCCAAGAAGCAAGGGGCACCGCAGUUUAAGCUGAACUCAAAAACCAGCGGGGGCCUUACUGGCAAAGUCAUCAAGCAAGAGGACUAUGUGCCCCAUGGGAUGCUACAAUAUCCUUUGGAUCGAAAGGCCCUUCCGGAUCUUGACUAUGAUCGUUCUAUAAGUGUCAUUUUUGAGAUGCCAGUCACCACACAUACGCAUAAAUCUAUGCUCUUGCGUGGAGCAAAGCUCGAAGAGGUGGACGAAGCUACGGGGGCGCUCCCCUGGGUCGACACGACCAAGGUAAUGGUCGAAGAGAGCCGAUUCAUUACGGAUCAGAACCCCGGUACAACAAUGGACCACGCGGAGGACACCGGGGCGGUGGGCGAGGCGGAUACCAUGGUGGCAAUGGCUCCUACUCGCAAUACGAUGCUCCGGGUCGAUCCUAUCCAUCUCAUCCUCCAGCAUGGCAGCCACCACCACCUGGGGCACCGGGGUUCGGCAUGGGAGUUCCACCUCCCCCUCCUGGAGUGCACUUCCAGAACGGCCAUCGCCAAAACCAUGGACACUCUGGAUCAUAUUCAGGGCAUCGAGGGUCGAAUGAUCGUCGUGAUUAUCCGCCGCCUCCACCACAGCAUUGGCAGAACGGACAAAAUCGAGACUGGCGUGGCCAGCGGUAAAAUGGAACAUUUAGCUGUAGAGCCAUAUUCCUGCUGGGACACCAAUUUAGUUGCUCCUUAUCAGCUUGUGGGAUCUGGACCUGGAGUCUCAGCAGCCGAUCAUACUGUGUCCACCUUCAAUGCUUCAGCAAUGGAUGCCGAUGCGAGCCUUGUCGGCUCCCUCGUCGACAGGCUGGCGACCAAGUUACCUCAUCGCACGGGAACUACUACUCAAGCCUUUCCUGACGACGGCAUUCUCCCAAUAACCCGAGCUACCCUCAUUGAGUUGAGCAAGACCACGAUUGAAACCGUUCUCGAUCACCUCCUAGGCCUUCUUGAAACCCUCGCGCGCCCGUACGAAGCCGUAUCCAAACAUCCAGACCACGUACUGCUCUCCGAACUUUAUAUCUUGGCUCUCGCUGCCGAUUGCUGUUCGGCAAAGUGGGGUUCUAUUCGUCGCAGACACAGGGGCAAAGUCAAGAACUCGAGCGAAGAGGGCAUUGGUGGAGGUUUGGAUAAUGACUAUGACGACGAUGACGAUGACGACGACGAUGACGACGAAACUGAUGAACAAGAAGACGCAGCGAGCUCGGGCGUGGGAAUUCCAUACAAUGGGGCAUCAGGCCGCAUACCUCUACCGCUCCCAGCUGCUCUAGUCAACCGCAUAUUAGACGCUCUCAAGAUUCUACUUGAACCCUUUCCUGAGGAGUAUAUUUUGACUCCUCUUACCCUAGUUGGCCUGCAUCACAGACGAAAAACUGCCGUCUCCCAGCUGCGAAGCUCGGAAACAGUUGCAAACGUUCUCAGCGCUUACCAGGCUGACCUGAAUUCCAACAUCCAAGUUUUGGUAGAAUAUGCUACUGCUUCUAGCUGGCAGUCCGCUUUCGACUACUUCCGAAAUGCCAUCUACAGUAUUAGGUCUACUAUUGUUAGUGGCGGACCUGAUAUCCCGAAGCCCUCCUUGGAUGCAGAGCGAGAUGCUUUGGUAGUGGUUCGUCUUCUGUCCUUCUCUUGGGUCGACAGCACAAGAUUACGACUCUUGCUGCAAGAAAUUUGCUCCAAUUUUUUACAUUUCCGGAAGCCAUUCCAAAAUACAGCUUGCAUUGUGGUUCCUCUGCUCAUCACCAAAUGGAUUGACCGCUUUCCGCAUCAGAUGGUACAUCUUCAUCUGCAACGAAAGAGGCUGGAUGGCUCUGCGGAUACAUUGUUCGAUAUGGCUCAAAGAGUAUCCGACAACGCCAAGCGUAGAGCAGUAACAUGGCCUCUCCAGUGUAGUCUUCUAUUUUUACUUCCGGAUGUUUUUGACAUUGCCAGCAAUCUGAAGGAAGUCAAAAGCGGUGGUGUUGUUAAGAAAGUGACAUUCCUAGAGGGCCUGAAGAAGUCUCUCAAGAAUGGGCAUGAGAUUGCCGCCCAUUGCCUGGUUUCGAUCCUUCGUGUAGCUCGUCACUUUGAUGCUGAGAGUGACUCUGCUCUGGUGAGCUACGCGAUGGAUGUUCAAGAUGAAGUGCGCGAGGCAGUCUUCCGCAGUAACAGUUCUUCCAUAUCGCCAUCCAUGGGGGAGGUGUCUGAGAACGGGUUGUCCGACCAAGACACCAUCACUGUCGCUUUUGUGAGCUUGGCACACUUAAACCUUGGAGGAUCGUUGGGCAGUCUUGUUGAAACCUGCAUUUCUCCAUCUGCUCCAAGCAACUUCAAGAUCGCCGCUGUUCAGAGUUGCCAUUAUUUCGCACAGCAACCACAGGGGUAUCAGUACCAGGAGUUAUUCCGGCUAGUUGUCCCGUUCAUGAAGUCACAACUGGAGGCUGAUAGCAUGCAAGCAUUGACUCUCAACUCAUCCUCUGAUUCUAGUAGCACGGAUAUGAUUUGCAGCAUCUUGGAGUUUCUUAAUGCAUCACCUGACUACCUAUUGAAUGAUCUAACAAACUCAGGCAGUCAUACCGGUUUCUUCAAACCAUUCUUGCUUUGUGUGCUGUCUCCUAAUGCUUCUGUGCGACAUCUUGCCAUGACAGUCGCCGACAGCCUCUUCAACAAGAAUCAAGAACCCUUUAGAUCAUACUACAAGGAACAUAAACUAGACUCCAACGAGCUUUGCAAGGAUAUAUGGAGCCGAAGUUCUAAGGUGCUUCUCAACUUGUGCGAACGCCUUGGUUCGCAAACCAACGAGUCCGAUCUGGAUACACUUCACGGCUGCUUGAGCGCUCGCCUUCUCUUGCUAAGAAACCUUCCGGAUUUGUCCGACGUUCCACACAACAUAUCCGAGGUAGUUUCUGCCUCUUCAAAACUCGAAACAACCUUGCUCGUGUCGCUUUGUUCUUCCAAUUCCGAAACUUGUCAACGAGUGGCUUCCUGCAUAGGGACAUUCCUAGAGGAGUGUUCUAUCGUCGAUAAGCAGGUCGAGUCUGCCAAGGCAUCUGCGUCGCUCCUUCGUAAUGGCGACGUCUUUCGGGAAAUCGCCUCCCCUGAUUUUAGGUUUACGGGUCUCGUGGCUUUCCAGAAGCGUAUCCGUGGCUUAUUACGGCGGAUACAGUUUCCCACAACGGGGAUUAUCAAUGCAUGGGAGACUGCCUUUGACCGGUGGAUUCAUCUGGCCAAAGAAGUAUCCACUACUGCUUUUGAUGCAGUUGAUGACCAGGCCUGGAAUGACUGGCGCAAUUAUUCCGGGUUUCUGGCCUCUCUCGGCGGCAUCUGCAUUGCAGAUCAGGCUAUGAUUCAAGAAGAACCGGCCUUGGGGGGCUUGAGGUGGAUCGAUCGGCUUUCUUCAGAAAGCUACGAGGAAACCUUUUUGACACGAUACCUACGAUUAAGCAUCCAGCUCCUCGCAUGCUCCAAUGUCAGGGUUCGUGAAGCAAUGCGCGAGGUUCUGUCAACCGAGGUAUCGCCGGCACUCUAUCAGUCAUUGUUUAGAGCGCUGGAGUCGGAGCUUGAGGUUCUGUUUACUGGGGCUCUUGCCGCGGCCGAUAAGGGUCAGGACAGUGAAAUCAUUUUCGCUGAACAGAGCGCCUCGCUUCUCCGAGCUCUGGUGGAGAGACUUGAGAGCCCUUCCGAUCUCGGUGCCGCGUCAUCGAUACAUCUUGGCAGCCUGACACUCAACUUCGCAAAGUUCCUAGAUGGUGUUUCUGAUACUCCAGAUACGCUCCGGGUGAAAAUUCGAGUGUGUCAUUUAAGUGAGGCUGUCACAAAGAGGAAAGAACAUUUGAUUAUCCGAGACGAUGUCCGCAUCAGAAAUCAGCUCCUAGAAUACCUCUUCGGCUGGGUAGCUCGUCCGCGAUCUCCAUAUAUGGAACAGAGUUUCAAUAAUGCUCGUCCGGAUGAUGUGUCACGCCUUCAGAGGGAUCUUGAUCGGGCAUGUCUGAAAUCAUUGGCUGAUCUUACCUACCGGUUACCUCUCCAGGCUUCAGAUAAUCAGACGGAUGCUGGAAUGAGUGAGAUGAAGUCUCGCAUGUUCCAUACUUACUUUAACCAAUUCCUAUCGCUCUUGAAUUAUGAUUCCGCCGAAGCGAAUCGAGCGGAGAUGUCUGCAAUAGGUCGAGAGGAAGGUAUUCCCAGUUCCGAUCUGGCAAUCUCAAUUCUUUCAAAUUUGCUUAGUGCGAAUAUUGAUGUUGGGUUGAAGCACUCGCUUAGUAUCGGCUAUCACGGGAAGCUUGAGAUCCGAACAGCCUUUGUGCGUGUCCUUUACAAUAUUCUAGUUCAAGGAACUGAGUUCAAUAAUUUGACCGAUUCCGCUGUAAGCGAGAAAUAUGAAGAGCUUCUGGAGUUAUUGACAAAAGAUUUGUCUCUUGCCAUGGCAAUGAGUUCUAUUUGCCCUAGUAAUGAGGUGGAUGAACUCGCAGUUUGCCUAUUGACCAUUUUCGAACAGAGGGGACUUACCUUCGAGCUCUUUGAUGCGCUGAUCAAGUUGGAAGUUGAAGAAACUGAAAAUGAGUCGGAGCUACUGCGGCGUACUUCGGUAGCAACCAAAAUGCUCUCUAUUUAUGCCAAGUGGAAGGGGUCUAAAUAUCUCAAAGACACUUUGCAAAAAGUUAUCGAGAGACUUAUGUCAACAUCAGAGGAUCUUGAUCUUGAACUUGAUCCAGCCCGGCUUAGUUCCGCGGAAGAGGCGCAGAAAAAUGCAAAGCAGCUUAGAAUCGUGGCCAAGGUCUUUAUUGAGCACAUCCGCGCAUCAUCAACCAAGAUUCCACCACCCUUUCGCAAAAUAUGCCACUUGAUUGUGAGUGCUGUCGAACCUCGAUUCCCCGAGGCCAAGUACACAGCAGUUGGCGCGUUCAUAUUUCUUCGCUUUUUCUGUCCCGCGAUCGUUGCUCCUGAUGUGGAGGGGCUGGUUUCGACGGCGCCCUCCCGAGAGAUGCGUCGAGGGCUCCUUCUCGUCGCGAAGGUAAUUCAAAACCUUGCCAACAACGUGCUUUUCGGGGUGAAGGAGCCCUAUAUGUUCUCGCUGAAUGAGUUCCUCGUACACAAUGUCUUCGAUAUCACAAGGUUCUUGCACGAAAUAUCAGUUCCCCCAGAUCGCAUUGAUCACCGACCGGCAGCAGAUUUGUUUGACUUCGGCUCGUGUGUGGCACUGCAUCGCUUUCUUUACGAUCAUUGGGAUCAUGUUCGCCAAACCCUUGUAUCUAGGGAAAGACGAGAGUAUGUGCGGUCUCCCGGAGAGCUCUCUCGUGGACGGUCCCCCAUCCUAGAACCAUUUCGCAACCUCAUCUCUAACCUUGGGCCGCCCCCGCUUGCCAUAUCGUGGAAUCGCCCAGGGAUUUCAUCUAAUAACCCACCGCUAUAUUCUCGUUUCCAAAACUUCAUGCUACGGAAUGCCUUCAAGGGGUCCGAAUCAUUCCUUACCGCCCGUGCAGUGUAUGAUGGAGGCGAGAGCAAGGACGGCCUUUCCAUUAUUUGUGUUAUCCUUCGAAAUAUUGAAUCAGAAGGAAUUGAUUAUGAUACCCUAUUGUUCUGUUACUUCAAGCUUGCGAGUAGGCUCUGGCAUGAGCCAUUUGGACUUUUCAUCGACGCCACCUGUUUUAAUGGCCGAAACGAGCCACAAGACGACAUAUUCCGUAUGCUUGAGUUACUGACACCCACGGAACUGUCACGAAGUCUUUCACGUGUGUACAUUUACAAUAUGAACAGCGCCUUCAAGCGAUGCUUUCGGCGACUUCUACGUGUCAGCACGCGAGGUGAAGGAAGCGUUUUCCACCCAAAAAAUGUCGAGUAUCACCUCAUAGGUAGUCUCCAAGAGCUUCAGGCGCAUUUCCAGCUUAACCAGCUUCAACUACCCAAGGAGACCAUCAGUGUCGUGACAGAUACCCGGUACAUGUAUCAGCCAGUUACACGAUUAUCCAGAUCAAAAGGCAACAUAGAAGUUGCUAUUAAAGUCGGAAGCCAGUUCGUGCAGAUCACAACAGCAAAAAAGCAAGAGGUCUUCGCAGGUUUCCGCCUAAGCACUAUAGUAAACGAUAUUUUCCGUCUCGGGGACAUCGACGAAACUGCUGCGUCAAUCCAAUCUGAGGAUGAUUCAACGUUUGGCCUGCGGGCUGACAAUGGGAAGAUUGUCAUGUGUUUUACUAGUCCGAAGAAGGCGGACAUUGUGAUGAGCAUUCGGAACGCGAAGACGAAAUACGGCAAAGACAGCAGGUCCCACAAACCUCCGGAAAGGCUGAUUCGACCACAAGAUGUUCCGGGAACUCUGCUAAAUCUCGCGUUUACCAACCUCUCGAGUCCUGACCAGACACUCAGGCUGUCAUCUUAUAACCUGCUCGGCGCUCUUUGCAAGGCUUUCAAGUUCAGCUCUGCCUCCAGAUUGGUCUGCACCCGAGAUGUCUCAAUCCCUCCCGAUUCAGUUCAGUUCAUCGUCGAGAUCAGUAAGCAGCUUGCUCAAACAGAGCCGCAACUGACGUCGGACUUUCUCACCGAAUUCUUCGUUGGAUGGGAGAAUGUUCCUGAACACCAAAAAGCACAAAGCUUGGCCUAUAUGGCGCCAUGGUUGCCCGGACUUCGAACAAGCGUAUUGGUCACCGAAACUGAUCCCGAUAAAGGUCGGGAAAGGGUUGCGAUACUCUUCCGGAAACUCAUCGAUGUGGCCAUUCUCGAUCAUACACUUGUCUAUACUUUGGAACAGGUCGUGUGGCCAGAGGUCGCCGAUGACGAAGUGCUGUUGGACAUCUUUUUAGAUGAGCUUAUGAAAACGGCAAUGGGUUAUGGAGUUCAUGAAGAAACGCUUGACAUUAUAUCAUCCAUUGUAGUUGGGAUUGGAAGUGUAACGCUUCGUGGAAAGGUAAUGGCCAGACUUCGCAAGGCUCUCAACCGCUCAUCAUACAGACCAACAAAAUAUCUUCCAGAUAAUGCAGCCUGGGCAGAGAUCUGUAUGCUUCUCCAGUUUUGCCUUGCUCUGUCAUUCAACCAUGGAGUGCAGACACAGCUAUUCUUGCCCGAGGUGUUUCACAUUGUAACCAUGCUAUCAAAUACUGGCAAUCACGCUGUAAGGAUGCUGGUAUACAAGCUGCUCAUCAACUCGGUGCACGCGGCCUGCACCUGCUUCGUUCUGGAUGAUGCCAAGGCAAGCAGGCUGAGAGCAACUCUUGAAACUCUCUGUGAGCCCCGAGGAGACAUUUUCCCAACACAUCCGACUUUGACUCGCGAAGGGGCCUCUAUCUCCACUAUCCAAGACUCGGGGGCCACUCUCGCAGCAACAGAGCAUCUGGCUGCCAUCUUGUUCGAUGUUUGUUCAACCGCCGCUCCCUCAGUUGAUAUUUGCAAUGCAUGGCGGUCACGUUGGAUGAGCCUGGUUGCCAGUACCGCAUUUCAGAACAACCCAGCAAUUCAGCCUCGAGCAUUUACCGUUAUGGGAUACUUGGCACGAGAAGAAGUAGAUGACGAUCUGUUAUACCAGGUUCUUGUGGCAUUGCGCAACAGUGUUAAUCGCUUUGAUGAGGAAAGCAACAGUGAAAUGCUGGUGUCCAUCACCACAUCUCUCUCCAAGAUGAUGGCCAAGCUGCCGUCUGCCUCGCGGUAUGGCCUGCAGCUCUUUUGGCUUGCCAUUUCACUCGUUCGAUUGGUCCCCACGACGUUAUUUAAUUGCGCUGCCCAAUUUCUUGAAGCAGUGUUGACGAACAUCGGCUCUGCUGGUGAUGUCCGGGGUCAGGAAAUGGUUGAGCUAUUACUCCAAGGCAGAACGCAACUUGAAGAAGCAGCACUUCUUCUGGACGAAACAUAUGGCAUUUACUUUAACCAGGAGAACUUUCAUUUCGCGGUGUGUGCCUGUGUGGCCCGUGGCCUCACUGACACCAUCACAAGGCCUUCAGCACUUCGUGUGCUUUCCUCCUUCUUAGCAAUGACGACCUGGGUACCGGGCCCUGGAGCGAAUAAUAGUGAUGCUAUCGCUUCAUCUCCAUAUCUCGCACUGAUUCGCGCGAGGGCAGUCAGCCCCGAAGAGCUCAAGGAUAGCCUGUGGCUCGCGGGUAUCAGCCCUGAGGAAGCUGAUGUUGCGCUAGGGACUACCCAAGACAACCGAAACGUGGAUAAUUUCGAGGACGACGAGCUUUUGCUGAUUACAGCCAUGGAAAUGGUCGAUUUCCAGUUUUUGGAGGAUACAGUUCAGGCGCGCAGUCUCCAGUGGUUAAACGAAUUGGCACAGGCGCGCCCACAAGUCAUGCUUCAUUUGUGUAGCACGAUGCGCUCAAUCCUCGACGACGUGCUGCUACAUGGGCAGAACGCCACUACACUGGAUGCUGCGCAUACUCUACUCCGCACAUUGUCAUCUGAUAGGAGAUAUGUGCGGCAAUUAGACUUAAAUACCAACGUCGCAGAUGUCCUUGAAGGCAAAGGGUUUGGAGGGCUCUGGCAGUCGUGCUCAAUGGGUUCAAUGGAGGACUACCAGCGCGACUGCUUCGAGCUGACGGAGAAGCUGAUUGAGCUCAUUAUAAUUUAA